AUGGGGAGCUUUUCAUUGAAUUUACAACCAAAGGGAAAGAAGAAAAGGGAUAAGAAAAGAGCAACUAGCUCAACGAAGUUGAAUAAGGUAAAUAUAUUUAACAAUGAUAUUGAAGAUACACCAGAAAAUAAACGAAUCAAAUUGACACAUGUGGAUAAUUCAGAAUUAAAGGAAGCACAGGCAUUGGAAGAAAAGAAACUGGUUAUAGUACCAAUAGGAAUACCGCAAAAUAUUGACUCGCUCUCUUCAGAAUCAAAAGAUCCGAAAGAUAGUACACAUUUUGGUUUGAAUAUCAUGAAUACUAAACCCAAGGAUAAGGGACCAACACUGGGAAACAGUAUCCUAAGUAAGAGAAAUGAUACCGAAACUGAGCUGCGAUUGUUAUCUAACUUACCUACAAUUACUACUGAAAAGGAAUAUGACGAAGUUCCAGUGGAAGAAUUUGGAAAGGCUUUGUUAAGAGGUAUGGGUUGGAAAAGUGACAAUGAAGAGAAUGAAGGCUCUAGCACAAACAAGAAACCAGUACCACCACAUGAAAUGAAAUUCCAUCCAGAUGGACUAGGUAUUGGUGCAAAGGUCUCUGCAAUGAAUAACGACAAUACAAAAACUUCGAAUCGAAAGCGACGAUCAGAUCAGGAAAUAUUCAUGCCAAUUGUACGAAUCGAUAGAAAAACUGGGGAGCGAAUAGAAUGA